CCCCUGGCCGUUGCUCGGCAUAUAUUCCAGUCCCAUGGAGGGUCUGGUUAAUGGCUCAACGGUCACCGGACAUGUCCCACGCGGAGAACGGACUCCCGGCCUGUUGUUGAGCGGCGCUGCGGAUGAUCGAAGGGGCCUGCGGACAGACCGGCAGAACGGCGGAGCGGAGGACCGAAACGGAGUCGGUGCCAGCCGUGCGGCUGACCUGUCAUCGAAUCAAGCUCCAGCCUCGCAAGUCAUGACGCCCUCCAUGGCUUUGCUGGACACGUCAUCCUGGAGUCUGGAGACGGUCAUCCCGCUGGCCGCCUGACUCUGCGCCAGCCCACAACAUACAAAAGCUAUAUACCAGC